AUGACAUCAAGCUCUAUCUCUCUUGCUGCCUCCGCCUCCACGUCCGCCUCUACUCACGAGGCUUCAGCGGCUAAAGAGAAGAUUCACAUACGAGCUCCAUACCCUUGGGCUACAACAAAGCGUGCCCUAGUAUACUCUCGUCAUUAUUUACUCUCUCAUGGCAUCAACACAAUCAGUGGUGCAGUUCAAUGCAAAAAGUGUGAUGAGAAGUAUGAGAUCGAGUACGAUCUGCAACAAAAGUUUGCACAAGUGGCGACUUAUGUGUCUCAAAACAAGAGUGCAAUGCGUGAUAGGGCACCUGCUGUUUGGAUGACUCCCACACUCCCGGAUUGCAAGUUCUGUGGGCAAACAAAUUGUAUGAAACCUCUGAUAGACAAGAAGAAGUCGAUCAAUUGGUUGUUCCUGCUUUUAGGUCAAAUGCUCGGAAUGUGCAAACUCUCUCAAUUGAAGUAUUUCUGCAAACACACCAAGAAUCACAGGACCGGUGCUAAAGAUCGUGUUUUGUAUCGUACUUAUCUGGGACUGUUGAAACAACUUGAGCCGAAUGGACCUUUUGAUAUUUGA